GUUGUAAAAUAAAAAAAUAUCGGAUAAUCAAACAAAUAACGAAAAAUAAAAAAUGGGUUGGAAAUUUGGAAUAGUAAGCGGCGACUAGCGACAGUAACAGCCACCACGCCAGGACUUUCCAACACUUCUGUACUCUCUAAACCGCUACCUCUUGUUGAAUGUUGACCGACUUUCUUCAACAAUUUUGUCAUCUGUCUUCCAUCAAUCUAUCCUCCAUCAAUUCUUACAAAUCUUCCCAAACCAAAUCAGCAAUCAACACAAAAAUUAUCCAAAACAAUGGGACUUUUUUCAAUGUCCUUCGCCGGCGGCAGUUUCAUACUGAUCGGAGCAUGGGAAUCUCUAAUCUCUUCAUCUUCAUCUUCAUCUUCAUCAUCAAUGAAAAAGCCUCAACAUUUCUCAGUAAUUACCUUAAUUUCCACUUUUUCCCUCUCUCUUUUAUUCAUCGUCGACUCUCUUUACUCCCUUUUUAACGCAAUAUCCUCAAACGACAAAGUCGGUUCAUCUUUACAACUUCAGGUACUUGCAAUUUCCUCCCUUUUCCUUCUCUUUUCAUGUCUUGGUCUCCUUAAUUUUUUCUCAAAAACACAAUCUUUUCCUUACCCUUUACUUAAUUUGAUUCUUUUGUUUUCUUUCCUUGAAGAAUUCCUUUUAUUUCACCUCCAUUUAAAAGAUCCCAAUGGUAUUGAGAAUCGUUAUUAUGAUUUAAUGCUUGUGCCCAUUUUAAUUUGUGUUAUUUCAACCAUAGUUGAAUUGUUUUCUCCCUCAGAAAAUAGUGGGUAUUCCAAAUUAGGACGCGGGUUAGGGUUAAUAUUGAAGGGAACUUGGUUUUUGCAAAUGGGGUUUUCAUUUUUUACGGAUUUGAUUGCUCAUAAUUGUGAAUUGAAGUAUAAAAGUAGAGGGAAUUUCACAAUUAAGUGUAAAGGUCAUAUGGAUACUCACCGGGGUGGUGCAAUUGCUGUGUUGUUGUUUAAUUGUCAUCUUGCUUUUCUUGUUGCUUUGAUUUGUGGGCUUUUUGGUGUUUUUGGAAGGAGAUUUGUCGAUUACUCGAAAUAUCAGCCUCUUGGUGGGGAGGUGAAAAGAAGGGGGGAGAGUGAAGCAAGCUUUGUUUUGGAUUCAGACUCAGAUGAUUGUGGAAAUGAUGAGAUUAAGCAAGACGAUAUUCGUGCCAUUGAGAGAAAGGAAAAUGGUGUUGUGGAGAUGACUGUUAAUGGUUAUGGUUCACAUUCGGUGAACUAGCCGAUCCUUGUAGUAGUAUGAUUGAGAGAAUUGAUGCAUUUCUUGAUUGGACUCGAAUGAUGAAGAAUUUUACAAAGAAAAGGCAAAUUGCGAAUGCGAGUGAAUGAGAUUCAACUAAGAGGAUUCAAGUUAAUUUAAGGAAUGUGGAUGUUUUUAGAAAUUUGUAUUUAACUAUGAGUGUAGGAAAGCAUUAAUAUUUGUUCUUACUCGGGGUUCUAGUGCUUUUGAGUGAUCAAUUGUGUUGUUUGUAUACUGGUACAAUGUAUUAUGCUAAAUUUUGCUAAUGGAUUAAUACCUUCUUUAUCCAUGAGGCAAAUUCUUGUUUUAAUGUGUAUAUUUAUUCAAUCAA